UGAAAUACUACAAUUAUGAAUAAAAUAUAUAUUUGAUGACGAAAGAUUUUUUAGUGUCCAUUUUUUAUAAAUGUGUAAAUAUUAUGAAUUGCGCAUUUCUUUGAACCUUGUAACCGGUCGCAGUCGCAACUAUAUGAAUUCUGAAGAAAACCGUUUGAAAACUUUUAAUUGGCCAAAAAAUGCACCAGUAUCUUCUUCCAAAAUUGCCAAAGCCGGAUUUUUUUAUACAGGCUGCUUUUUGGAAGUACAAUGCCACUUUUGCAAUAAAGUAAUUAAAUCUUGGUCCUAUGCAGAUCAGGUAAUGUUGAAACAUAGAAAGUUAAAUCCAGAUUGUUCAUUUGUAGUAGACCCAUUGAAUUCAGGAAAUAUACCAUAUAAUCCCAGAAUUCAGAAAUCUUUGAAUAAGGAUAGUUCUGAAGAAGCAGAAAAUUUACUAAAUAAUACAUCAAAUAAAAUUAUUAUGAAUGAUGGAAUAAAUAGACUAAGAAGUUUUUUGAGCGAUGGUAUUUUCCUUUCAGUUCAGAUGUACCAUUUAUCCAUUAAUGGAUUUUAUGCAUUGGGAUGUAAAGACAGUAUUGUUUGUUCCAACUGUUCUUUUGGUCUUAAAGAUUGGAUUGGCAGUUUGAAUCCUAUAACUGAGCAUAGUUUAUGCAAACCAGAAUGCUCAAUGACACAGAAGAAUUUUUUAAUUUCAGAGGAUGAGUUUUCAAUAGAUAAAAGUCCAGAUGCUUUUGAAGAAGACCUCAGAGAGUUUCAAAAACGUUUCAAUACCUUUACUGACUGGCCUCAUGAAAGUCCAGAUCCAAAAUCUCUGAGUUUUGCUGGCUUAUAUUUUACUAAUGAGGAAGAUUUUGUAAGAUGUUACUACUGCGACAUAGGUCUGAGGCAUUGGUUAAAAACUGAUAAUCCUCUUGUUGAACAUGCACGUUCCUCACCAACUUGCAAAUUCAUUAUAUCUCUCACAUCAGAAUUUUUUGUUAAGAUGUGUGUACAACAUUUUCAAAAUAAUAGCUCUAAUGUGAGCAAACUAGAAGCUGAAAUUAGGGAUCUGAGAGAAUCUAAAUUAUGUAAAAUUUGCUUAGAUGAAGAUAUUGCUAUUGCAUUUGUACCUUGUGGCCAUCUUUUAUCAUGUCAACGAUGUGCUGUAGGGUUAGACCAUUGUCCGCUGUGCAGAGGACGUGUGUUUAGUACUGUAAGAACUUAUUUGUCAUAAAACUAUUGUGGUCAAAGUAAGACAUGUGAUCAUUUGAAGCAUAAGAAUAAUAGAUCAUAUAUUAUAAUGUAUAUAUAUAUAUAUAUAUAUGAAUAUAUUUUAUUUUGACAAAACAAAAAA